AUGUCCUUGCAUAUAAACAAUAUUAUAGAUUAUACUUUGCCACCAUUAAUAGAAGGAUCAGAAAAUGAAUCCUAUUCUGUUUUUGGACAAUGCUUAGAUUGUGGAAAAGAAAAAGUCAGUGACGGAUGGUGUAAAGAUUUUGAACAAUUCGAUCUUAUAGAAAAUACAAAUAAAAUCGGUUCAUUUUGCACAAUUUUUUCAGCGAUUUGGAUGGAAGGUCCUCGAAGGAUUUGGGAUGAGAAAGCUGACCAAAGGAUACGUAAUGGACCCAAAAGAGUUGCACUAAAACGACUUAAUAAUUCGCAAAAUAUAUGCGAAAUAUGCGAAGAUUAUUUGAAUCAAGUUACUUCUCGGAAAUCGAUAAUAAUUGCGAAGCGAACUUUUUUGCAAAGAGCUUUUGAAGAGAAACUUCUUCCACCUGAAUUUAAAAUUCAAAAACACAUCGAGAAUAAAACUUUAUAUUCAUAUCUUGAUGAAAUUCAAGGAAAUAAUAAUUGGAGAGAGAUUGUUGAAAUUCUUUGGGGGAUAUCUGGAAGACUUGAAUACAUUCAUGACAAUGGAUCAAUACAUGGAAAUAUUCAUGGAGGAAUUAUACUUGUUGGAGAUGAACAAGAUCCACUUAGCAAUAAUUCACGUUUCUCAGAGAUUAAUCCUUCGAUUAAUAAGAAAACUAUAUAUGGAGUUCUUCCUUAUGUGGCUCCUGAAGUUUUGCGAGGUAAUCCAAUUACGAAGGCCUCCGAUUUUUAUAGCUUUGGAAUUGUUAUGUGGGCACUCUCUGCUGGUGUUCGCCCUUGGUGUAAUAGACCACAUGAUUUUAAAUUGGCUAGUGAAAUUUGUAAUGGCAUUCGACCUGACAUUAUUGAUGGAACCCCAUACGAUUACGUUAAAUUAAUGACACAAUGUUGGCAUUCUGAUAUAUCUAAACGUCCAACUGCAUCUGAAAUAUAUGACUUAUUAGGAAUAUGGAUUACUGCAUGUGACGAGCCGGAUCAGUCCGAAUUAUCUGAUCAGUUUGACCUUGCUGAAAAGAAAACAUUUUCAAAUUUAGAAAUUUAUGGUUUUCAUCUCAAAAGAAUCCAUAAUGAAGCUUUUUAUACAAGCAGGCUCUUGUGUUUCCCUGAAUUGCAUAAAAAUGAUGAACGUUUGUAA